AGUGUGGGGUGGAACGGGGAAGCGCGUAUUACUGGCAUACAAGCAGAGCCACAUUCACAUAAUCAUAGGCUACAUCUCGCUGGUGUUCUUCAGGGGUUGCAUACGAUGUUAAGUGUAAUGGAGCUGAAGGGACAGUCGAAAGGACACUCUGUUUUCUCGGCAUUUGAUAUGCCUGGUUCCGCCUUGAUUCGUUGCGCUCUCAUCCUCAGCUCGCUGCAAUGGAUAACCGAGGCUAAGGACCUACCUCCCUGUACAGAGAAGGACUACUAUUUCGAGUACACGGAGUGUGACAGCACGGGGUCCCGGUGGCGUGUCCCCAUCCCACACAGCCAGGGAGCCUGCGCGGGCCUGCCGGAUCCGGUCAGGGGCACCGACUGCACCUUCUCCUGCGAGGCGGGCGAGUUCCUGGAGAUGUCGGCCCAGCAGUGCACGCAGUGUGCCGCCGGCACCUACUCGCUGGGCAGCGGCGUCCGCUUCGACGAGUGGGACGACAUCCCCGCCGGCUUCACCAGCCUGGCCACCUACAUGACCAGUGGCCCCGCCGGAGAGGAGGACCGCAUCUGCAACAACUCCACCUGGGUGCCUCAGGGGAACUACCUGGAGUCGAACCGAGACGAGUGCACCGUGUCCCUCAUCUAUGCCGUCCACCUGAAAAAGCAGGGUGCCGUGUCGUUCGAGUACCAGUACGUGGAUAAGAACAUCUUCUUCGAGUUCUUUAUCCAGAAUGAUCAGUGUCAGGAGAUGGACCAAACAUCCGACCAAAAGUGGAUCAAACUGACCAACAAUGGGGAGUGGGGGACUCACACUGUUGACUUGAAGUCUGGUACAAACAUUCUCUAUUGGAGGACAACUGGAAUUUUGCCUGGUGCUAAAGUCAUUAAACCAGUGCUGCUGAAAAAUAUUCAGAUUGAAGGGGUGGCCUACACGUCGGAGUGUUUCCAGUGCAGGCCGGGGACCUUCAGCAAAACUCCAGGCUCCUCUUCCUGUGAGUUCUGCCCAAGGGACACGUACUCUGGGAAGGGGGCCAGCUCCUGCACCCACUGUGACAAGGAGAAGGAGUACGCACCCGAGGGAUCUGCAGAGUGUAAGGAGAAGCCCCCCUGCUCCGAAAAAGACUACUUCCAGAUCCACACACCCUGUGACAGUGAUGGGAAGACGCAGAUCAUCUACAAGUGGAUCGAGCCCAAGAUCUGCAUGGAGAACGUGACAGGCGCGGUGGUGCUGCCCCCUUCAGGCGAGAGGGAGCCGUGUCCACCCUGCAACCCCGGCUUCUACAACAACGACACGGCCACCUGCUCCCCCUGCCCCCUCGGCACCUACUCCGAUGGCAUCAAAGCCUGCCAGAAGUGCCCUGCGGGCACAGAGCCGACUCUGGGCUAUGUGUACAAGUGGUGGAACGUGCUUCCCGCCAACAUGAAGACCUCCUGCUUCAACGUGGGCAACUCCAAGUGCGACGGCAUGAACGGGUGGGAGGUAGCUGGAGACCACAUCCGCAGCGGAGCAGGGGGCUCUGACAAUGACUACCUCAUCCUAAACCUCCACAUCCCCGGCUUCAAGCUUCCAACAUCAGUAGCUGGGACCACAGUCAGUGAAUAUGGCCGCAUAACGUUUGUUUUUGAGACCAUUUGCUCAGCCGACUGCGAGCUCUACUUCAUGAUGGAUAUGAACAGGAAGAGCACCAAUGUUGUGGAGUCAUGGGAAGGAAGCAAGGAGAGGCAGUCCUACACGCACAUCAUGACCAAAAACGCUUCUGUGUCCUACACCUGGGCUUUCCAGAGGACCAACCAGGCCCAAGAUGUCAGACAGUACGUGAAUGACAUCGUGAAGAUCUACUCCAUCACGGUGACCAACGCCCUGGGUGGGGUGGCCUCGGUCUGUCACGCCUGCGCCCUGGUGUCCCAGGAGUCUGGCUCCUCCUGUGUCCCCUGCCCCGCCGGACACUACAUCGACAAGGACACCAACCAGUGCAUGGAGUGCCCCCCCGACACCUAUCUCUCCGGACACCAGAUCUAUGGCAAGGAGGCCUGCCUGCCCUGUGGACCUGGCAGCAAGAGCAACAAGGAGCACUCCGUCUGCUUCAGCGACUGCUCCUUCUCCCACACGGUGCAGAACCGGACGCUGACCUACGACUUCAGCCCGCUGAGCGCCGUGGGCUCCAUCAUGAACGGGCCCAGCUUCACCUCCAAGGGCACCAAGUACUUCCACCUCUUCAACAUCAGCCUGUGUGGGCAUGAGGGUGAAAGGGCGGCCGUCUGCACCGACAACGUGACAGACCUGUCCAUCAAAGACAUGCAGAGGGAGUCCAGCGAGCUGGUCAAUUAUGUGGAGACCUUCAUCUGUCAAUCGACCAUCAUCCCCUCUGAUGGGCGGGGCCUCAGGACGGCCGUCUCCUCCCAGUCCAUCAGCCUGGCAGACACAUUCCUGGGGGCAACAGUGGAAAAAACUCUCAAUGGCAUCAGUGUGAGCCCAGAUCUCUACCCCGAAACCCCAAAGCUAGUGCCUGAUAUCAACUUCUUCUACCGAUCUGCCCAUCCAACAUCAUCAUGUGACAAGGGUCGGAACGCUGUCAUCACUUUGCGGUGUAACCCAGAGAAGACCGCCCAAGGGGAGCUGACUGUGCCCAGUAAAUGCCCAGCAGGGACCUGCGAUGGCUGCAACUUCAACUUCCUGUGGGAGAGUGCGAGUGCCUGCCCACAAUGCACCGAGACAGACUACCAUAAGAUUGAGGGGGCCUGCAAGGGCGGGUUCCAGGCAACCCUGUAUGUGUGGAAUGAGCCGAAGCUGUGCAUGAACGGAGUCUCUCUCCCGGCGAAAAGGAGCACUCCCUGUGAGGCCAUCGACACGUGGCUGAAGGUGGGGGCCGGUGUGGGCGCCUUCACCGCCGUGCUGCUCGUAUCCCUCACCUGCUACUUCUGGAAAAAGAACAAGAAGCUGGAGUAUAAGUACUCCCGGCUCGUGAUGACGGCCAACAAGGAGUGCGAGCUGCCGGCGGCCGACAGCUGCGCCAUCAUGGAGGGCGAGGACAACGAGGACGAGGUGGUGUACGCCAACAAGCCCUCCCUCCUGGGGAAACUCAAGUCCAUCGCUGCCAAGGGCAACGGGGAGAGCUGCGAGUCGGUCCAGCUGAAGCCCAAGCCGGAGCGAUGGGUGUGGGGAUAAAGCCGGAGACUGGAGACUCUUUGGGGAAGGGGCAAGCAGGACGGACAACCCACAACAGGAAGACAGAAACGGACCCCCCAUUGCUAACGACCCUUGGAAAACGACCCUCCAGUCGGAGACUCACCUGGUGAAAAUGACCGUGUCUGGUGGCCUUAUCCGUGACGGGGACAAGCUGAAAAGGACCUUGCCCAAAGGGGAUUCACAGAGGAGGCCAUCCACAGAGGGACGAGCUCUGCUCGGGAACGGAUAGACGCCCCCUGCUAAAACCCUUCUUACUUUGCUGAUGUGCGUUCCGGUUGCCUCUCGCUGGCUGCUUUCAUGGUUUGGAUCGUGUUUUCAGUGUACGUCAGCGCAGAUUACCGCAGUGGGCCGCCUCCUUGCCCUGUCUCUGAGAUGCAGUCGAAGACGAUGCCUGUUUGACCUUCCCAUUUGUCUGAGGGAACAGAAGCGACUGUGUUUUCCACCUCUUCAGAGUGCCACCUGGCUUCAUAGUUUCCGCUGCGGUCACGAGCACAGAGCGUUUGCCAGUGAAGGAGGAAAAACUUGCAAGGUUUUCACGGCUGUCAUACGAAAGCCAUAUUUGUUUCUGAGGCCUCGGGACAGCUUCUGGAACAAUCAGCAAGCCUGGCGUGAAAUUUCAGCUGAGGCGCUGUGAUGACGAUGCUUUCCGACUUGUCAGGAUGAUUUAAGUUAAUCUGUUCAUGUGUUCAUGUGAUUUGUGUGCACGCUUAGUUGUAACACCCUCAUCCAAAUGUCUUCUACAUGCUACAGUGACGGCCCUUUCCCUCUUGGACUGAUGUUGUUGCUGUCAAUAUUAACGUUCUCUGCGGCUGACUGAAUAACAUUACUCCAGACAGAAUUUGAAGUCAUUGAGUUCCUUGAAUAGCCACCUUGCCAUCAUGUAAAUUGAGUAAAUAUGCUCAGCGUAAAAGUAUUCAUCUAUAUCACCAGUUCAAAAAACUUGCCACCAUUUGUCUUUCUUUGUUUUUGUGGAGAGACAUAUUUUAUAUUGGCCAGGUCCGCUGGCCUUGCCCCGUCAGAUGGCGCACAUCGCCGGUGUGUAGACUGAUCUGUCUGAGAGUUUGUGGAAUUCAUGUAAAAUUGUAUAUUUUUCUGCUUCUGCUCAGAAAUAGUUAACCAUAUGUGUUUCUGCACGCAUGCAGAAACCGGCGACUGUCCUACCACAUGCAAAGCAAGCCUGCAGUAGCUUUCUGUAUGCGCUUUUGAUGCUGGAUAAGAGCAUCUGCUAAGAGACUAAAUGUAAGCACAUAAAUGUAAUCGCAACAGUAACAGUUUACCUUCAGGGGGGAACACCAUAUUGAAGCCUAACUACUUCUUUCUGUGAGUAUUUUGUGAACUCUCAGACAGAUCAGUGCAGGUACUGUGCUGUCUGCCAGAAGACAUUGGCCCAUCAGUUCAGCUCUCAGGAGAAGGACAAGCUUGGAAUAACAGGCAGAAUAUAAGGACAAGUAAGGCAACACUAAACCGAAUAUACUGAUAGGUGCCAAUUAUGUAUUUUUCAUCACACAACAAAACAUCUAAAAUCAUCAGUACAGACUGUAUGCUGCCAUGGUAAUUUGUAUGUUUCAGAACCAAUAUGAAAUGAAGGGUACAGAGCUCACUGUCCUAAAUGGAAUGUAUGACACGCGACCAAGUAGAGAUGCUUUGUAAUCAUCCUCUUCAACAUUUAUUAUCGUUGCAGAAUAUAGUUAGAUACCACCCCUCCCACAUGCACACAACAUCCUGUUUUCUCUCUUUUUGCUAAAACGACUGCAUUUCGAGGGUGAGCAGAGAGGUCACUGCUGGCGUGAUGGUUUCCAUUAAAGCAGGGCUUCGCACCCAUUAGAAUUCGACUGAGAGCUGAGGUGCUGAAACUCGCACAGUCGACCAAAAAAAAAAUUCUGUUCCAGAAAAAAAAAACCUCUCUCAAUUAAGACCCCAAAAAAAGCACUCGGCUUCACCUGCCCUCUCCGCGUGUAAACAGCUGAUAAAAGGAAUGCUUUUCACAAAGAUUCACUUUAUCACAUUAUAGAC